AUGCAGAGUCAUCCCACAACGCAGAGAUUGGUUCAGGGGUUGAGACCAGGACAUGACUAUGAAAUUACCCUGAAAGUCUUGGUUACGUUAUUUCAACCAGUAUGCACAGCAAAGUACUUCACCAAGACAGUGCCUGCCAAAUCUCAGAUCACCUUUGCCAAAGCUAUUUCUAGUACAUCUAUACAAUUUGAGUGGUCCAGUGUGACAGGGGCAGACAACUACACUUUGACUGUAGAAGAAUUUUUAAGUGAUCCCUUAGUAAGCUUUGUGCAGGUCUUUACCACACUGACUGGACAAAUAGACAACCUGAGCCCUUCUACAACUUACAGCUGUAAAGUUUACUCAUCCAACAGUGCUGGACGGAGCGUAGAUAGUGCCCAAAAGACCAUCCUGACCUCUAUAAAUCCAGUGACGACAAUCAAAGUGAACUACAGCUGCUCUGCUGGUUUGGUGACUGUGACUUGGGAUACAGUGUUUGGGGCCAAUUCGUACAGGGCCACAGCUAUUGAUGGCACUGGUGCAACCCUUAAUUGUACAUCAACCUCCACCAGCUGCGAGAUCAUCAUGCUCAAAUGUGGUGAGAAGUACGAUGUCCGUGUCACAGCUAUUUCUGAUGACUGUGAGAGCACGUCCACCGCCUCCCAACGGUUCGACACAGAGGUGAAAUACACCCGCUCAUUAGCAGCCAAGGACUGCCAUCCAACACCAAUCCAUCUAAAGCGCUUUACAUUGACUAUUGAAGUCAGAGACUUGUCUCAAAGCUGGGAGACGACAAACAACACCCUCUACUAUGUGGCUCAAGCAGUGGAUAAGAAUGGACAAGUCACUGAAUGCAGGACGCUACAAAACACAUGUUACUUCACAGAUGCAGGCUGUGGACAGUACUACACAUACAAGGUGCACGCUGUCAGCAGUGAAUGUAACAGUGAAGUCAGUGAACCUCAGUUUAUUCGCACUGCUCCAUGUCUGCCAACAAACAUAAGAACAGGAUCUGAAUGUCACUCUGAAACGUUGCUCACGACCUGGGACGCUGCAGAAGGAGCUCUUUCCUAUCAGGUGGAAGUAGAGGGAAACACUCUAGAUCAAUACAACUGUACCUCCAGCACCAAUAGCUGUUCAGUGGAGGGCGUGCCGUGUGGCGAGCACUUCAGUGUGUGGAUCACAGCCUCCAAUGACAACUGCUCCACCCCCAGAGUGUUAGGAGCAAUAGCUCAGGCUGUUCCCUGUUCUCCUACCAAUGUGUCAGCAGCAGUCGACUGCAGCCCAGAUUCUGCAAGAAUUAACUGGACGUCAAGCAUUGGUUCUAUUUUCUACAUUGUCAUUGCUCAGGAUAGUGAUGGAAACUCAUAUAAUUGCAAUUCAAUGAGCACAAACUGCCUGCUCGAACAACUGCCAUGUGGACAGGAUUACACUGCUAGUGUUAUCGGCACUAACAUUAAUUGUAACAGCUCUGCCAGUGAGCAGAUCACCUUUAGGACAGCACCCUGUCCUCCAACCAACAUUGAGGCAUACAGAGAUUGUGAUGCUAACCACGCUGUGAUAAUCUGGCAGAACAAUCAGCUCACGGGACUUUACACAGCAACGAUUGAGGAUGAGACCGGAGCUCAGCUCAGCUGCACCAGUAACACAACCAACACCUGUACAAUCUCAUCUCUGCCGUGUGGAAAAAGAUUUAAUGUCACUGUCUCCUACAAUGAUGGAUACUGUUCGACUUCAUCGGCACCCAUUAGUCUGGACUCAGUGCCAUGUGGUGCUGAGGAUGUGGUGGCCGCUGUAUCCUGUGAUAAUGGAGAGCUGACGGUCACAUGGAACAUCUCUGUCCCUACACCAAACUACACCACCACCAUCUCUGGAGGAACGGGUCCUUCUAUUCAGUGUAACUCUACAGAGACCCAGUGCACCCUGGGAGGGCUGCCAUGUGGAAGCACCUACUCAGUGAUCGUUUCUGCUGUCACUGGAUCAUGUGGCAGCAUGCCGAGUUCAGAGGUCACUGUGAACACAUGUGAGAAGUGCAAAAUAGUCACAGUUAAGACCUUAGGAAGACAAAUAGGUUAUUAA